AUGAAGAACAAGGCUUCUGUGUUCUUCAAGCAGAUAAUCUCAGUGAUAACUGCAAUCGCCAAGGCAAAGACCCUGGCUCUCAAGACCAAAACCAGGGCCAUGAAGACCCGGUUGAUUAUAUUCUCCUUGUUGAGGAACAAGAAGAUUCUGAUGAGCUCCAUCUCAGAGAAGCUCCGAGUUCUGAUGGGGCAACAACACUACGACAAGAAACAAGACGGUGACAAUCAAGCCUCAGAGAAUAAUGCUGUUGUGCUCUGUAAUGCCAUGUCUCAGGAAUCUCUUCCCAAUCCGACACACACAGAGUCAAUGGAGGAUAAUUAUGAUUAUGAUGAUGAUAAUGAGAAGUAUCCGGAUCUUACCCACUCCCUGUUUGACGCUGAAGAUCUCGAUUUUGAGGAUCCUGGAGGGUCUGUCAUAGAUUUGGUGAAGAACUCGAAAGCGGAAGGGGAAGAGUUCAAGCUGGAAGAUGAAAUAGACCAUGUUGCUGAUUUGUUCAUAAAGAGAUUCCAUCGUCAGAUAAGGAUACAGAAACAGCUUUCUUUGAAGAGGUAUCAGGAAAUGCUUGAAAGAAGCACCUGA